UAAGGAGGCGGGAAACAGGGAGCUCGGGGAGAGGAGGGAGGAGCGAAAGAAGGAGAUGGGGGAGACAGAUCUAUACCUGAGGAUUCUGGGUGGCUUUGUCGUCGUGGUAACGACAGAAGGAGACAUGAUCUACCUGUCAGAUAACAUCAGAGAAUACAUGGGUUUAACUCAGGUGGAGUUGAUGGGGCAUAGCAUAUAUGAUUUCACACACCCCUCUGACCAUAAGGAAAUCAGAGACAACCUUGACCUCACUGCAGGGCGGAGCAGGUGUGGAGGACUGAGAGACUUUCUGAUGAGGAUGAAGUGUACAGUGACUCACAGAGGGAGAACUGUCAACCUCAGAUCAGCCAGCUGGAGGGUGCUGCAGUGUCGAGGGUGUUUGAAGGUGUGUGUGUCAGGACCCUCUCUUACUUGUGUGCUCUUCACCUGCCAGCCCCUGUCCCUCACACACACACUCCUACACACACACACCUUCACCAGCCAUCACAGCAUGGACAUGAGGUUCACUUACUGUGACCAAAGGGUGACUGGGUUGUUAAGUUAUCGUCCAGAGGAGUUGCUGGGUGUCUCUAUGUAUGAUCUGUGUCACACUCUGGACUUACACACUCUGACCAAAAGCCACCUGAACCUGUGUUCUAAGGGUCAGUCAGUGAGUGGGGUGUACAGGGUGUUGGUUAGAGGGGGAGGGUACAUGUGGGCAGAGACUCACAGUGCUGUCAUCUCCAAACCUCGCCCAACGCAGCCACACCCAUCUAGACCCUCACCGCCACUCUUCGUCGCUUGUGUCACAUACAUCCUCAGUGGUGUUGAAGAGCCAACUCAGCUUCUGUCUCUGGGCCAGAUGAACCGAGGGGAGUAACCUCUAGCCCCUACCUGGACCUCUUUCAGGAAGGACAUUUUUCAUUCUAUAUAACAAUUCUGCAUUUUCUACAUAAAAUCUUAGCUUUAUUUAGCAUAGCUGUAGCUACAUAUUGUGAAACAGACACUGUGAAGAUAUGAAUGUGAUUAAGACUGUUUGCUAAUAAAUAAUCAUAUCCAGUUCUGCAAAGGCAGUGUACAAUGCUUUUGUUGCCUUUGGCCUGUGGUUUGUGAUUGAUAAACUGUUGAGCGAAGGUUAUAAUCAAAGACGCAGGAAGUCUUGGGUUUAGACUAACGUUGUUAUACAACAGUUUUCCCCUUCUCAUAUCAUCACUCCCUCUCCCUGGCUUUUCUGAAUUUAUGCUGUGUUCAGGUGCUCGUUAGAGCUUCCUGUUUCCUAGUUGUGUUGUCGGGAAAUGCGACUUUGUUUCAUUCAUGUGUUUUUUGGUCGAAACAAUUUUUCAACCAAUGCGAUUUUUGCUAGCUUGAUAAGC